CAUCAGGACCACAGGGACGAGAUGGACUGAUGCACGCCGCGCGCAACUUUGCUCCACACGGCGCGGUUGUCUCGGUUCCAAAAGCCGCUGAUAGUGAGUUUGACGUGCACAGAAUAAGGCUCGCUUCAGUGACGCGUCGGAGUUGGAUUUUUGUUUUUUUUGUUCCCCUAUGUCGCGAAAGCAGUCGGACCAUGACUACAACCUGCGGGGUAUGAGCAACCUGAUGGGCGAACGCUGGAGGAAAGUGAACGAUGGAGGAGAGCGGAGCCUCAUCAAGGCUCCAUCCAGUGCGAGCAUCAGCAGCCUGCCGGUGGCCUCGUCUUCCUCCGGCGCCCCGGCAGCCCCGGCAGCCCCGUCCACCUCCACCGGGGACCUGGAGAGGGCUGCGCGCAAGCAGUUCCAGCAGGACGUCACGCCCGCCUUCGUCUACAUCCUCUCCGCCUUCUCCGCCCUGGGAGGCUUCCUGUUCGGCUACGACAGCGGCGUGAUCUCCGGGGCGAUGCUGCUGCUCAAGCGGCAGCUGGAGCUGAGCGCACUGUGGCAGGAGGUGCUCAUUUCAAGUACUGUGGCCGCGGCCGCCCUGGCCGCCCUCCUGGGCGCCUUCCUCAACGGGCUCUUCGGGCGCCGGGUGUGCAUCCUGCUGGCCAGCUUCUUCUGCGCCGUCGGCGGGAUCGUGAUGAGCGCCGCGCCCGGGAAAGAGGUGCUGUUGACGGGGAGGAUCCUUGUUGGAGUCGGGCUCGGCAUCGCCUCCAUGACGGUGCCCGUGUACAUCGCAGAGGCCUCGCCGCCGCACCUCCGCGGCCAGUUGGUGACCGUCAACACCCUCUUCAUCACCGGCGGACAGUUCGCCGCCAGCAUCGUCGACGGCGCCUUCAGCUACUUGCAGCACGACGGCUGGAGGUACAUGCUGGGCCUGUCGGUGGCGCCCGCUGUUCUCCAGUUUGUGGGAUUCCUCUUCCUGCCCGAGAGCCCUCGCUGGCUGAUCCAGCGCGGGCUGACCCAGAAGGCCCGCCGAGUGCUCAGCCAGAUCCGGGGCAACCAGAACAUCGACGAGGAGUACGACGGCAUCAAGAACAGCAUCGAGGAGGAGGAGAAGGACGGCGGAGGAGGUGAGAGCGAGGGCCGGGGUAAACGUUGA